AUAAUUAAUCCGGACAAUAUGGAUGCUUUUGUAUCUCUCAGAUAUAUAUAACUGUUCAUUUUCUAAUUGUGUGUUUCAAUAAAAAUAAAUAUAUCACAAAACUUAAUCUAACAACCAUUAGAUCAACUUGAUUAGAUCACGAAAUUUACUCUCUGUUGAACUGUGAAGAGUUCUCUUACUCUCAAAGACUGUAACAAAAUUCAACAUUGGCUGAACGUUAACGAUCAUACCAUUGUUAUAUAAUUUGCCAAUAUCAAAGAAGAAAAAUGCCAAAUUAAUUCCAUUUCAUAUUACAACUAAUCGCGUAAACAUUCCAUUCAUAGUGCGAAGGUGCAAAACAAUGAAUUUGUGUAAGCAAUUCAUGACAUUAUCAUCUCCUCCCCCUUCCUUCACCUUCUAUUGCUUCCGAAUUCCGAAGACAAUCAAAAACACAACACACAAAAUUAAAACCCCAGCAUGAAGAGUCAAGAUGUCACCGAUGGCUGCACACAGUGACACAUCUCACACGGUGCGUGCUCUUACCGGAAAGGUUUCCAGCUCUACACCCCCUAGCACCCCCGGGGGUGGAGACUGAUGGACAAGAAGGGUUAAAUUUCCUUCCUCGCUGAGGGUCUCUCACCCGCCCAACUAACCUACGCCAUUCAACCUGUUCUCCUUUCUAGGGAGGGUAGAUUAUUGUGUCCGCUGUGCUGUGUGUGUGUUUUUUAUUUUCAUUUCUUUCAAUCUCUCUCGCUUCGUUUCAGCUUCUCUUCGAGACUUUCUUUCGUACGAACGACCAAACAAACUCCACCAUCCACCCGAAUGUACCGAUCGGCAUCUCACACAACGCACGUUCAUCUUCAGUCGAGCCAGGGCCAGCAGCAUAUCGGCGGCAUACCGUGGGGAGCAGUUCGUGAUUCGUCGUCGUACCGAGCGGAUGUGAACUCGCGAGCCAACGUGCUUUCCACCGUUACGCUUCGAUGCAGCAGCAACGUGCAUAGUGUGUGGUCUGGUUUUGCGUUUGAUUGUGUCAGGUGAAAAAUCGAAGGUGGAACGAAGGUGCAUAACAGUUCGUUUCUUUUUUUCUGUGCGCUUGUGCGAAAGGGUAAUUGGAAAAUCCCAAUGGUGCAAUCGUGAGUUGAUCGGUGUGACAGAAGCAAAGCAUGAUCGAGUGAUAAAUGGACGAGGGAGGUAAAUGGCAAUAACUCAUACCUCGCAAAGGUGAUUACAAACAUGGUGCAGUGAUGCGAGCAACAGGGUCGUGACUAAGACGUGAAGGGCAAACACGAGCCCUAGAAGAAAGAACCAACCAGAAGGGUCUGUGAAAGUGAACACUCAAUAGCAAGUGCAACGAAAGUGUCUAAAAUAAAGGCAAACGGUGUUGGUGGUUCAUCUUCCUUCCCGAACAUCAAACAAUUGGAUGCAUUUCUGAGCAUUGCUUGAACAAAUAAACAAACGUGCAAACAACUUUGUUUACUUUAGAAGGCCAACGAGCAAACAAACAAGCAAAUAUUUGCUCUUCAGCCCCUUCAGUUGAGUUGCACUUAGGCAUCGAAUGCAGCUUCAACCGUAGUGACUUUGGACCACCCGAACUUCACGAAAGUGAUACAGCAACAUCCACAGCCUUUCCCAACGUCUGAACGAAAUCGAUUUUCCGUCCAAUUCUGGUGGUUCGGUGCGAGGUCGUGAAGUGGGACGAAACGGAAAGCACGUCCGCUUGAUGACAUGUUCGCUUACCAGCGUCACCGCAAGGCAGGUGCCGUUACCGUAACGUUUCGUGUUUAUCCGUGCGAUUGUUUGUGCGGCGAUUGGGUGGAGCUGUGAAAAUUUCCACCCGGCAAGGCCUUUCGGGGAAAAUAGUGCUCCAAAAAAAAGGCGUACCGUCGGUUGCAGAUGCACCGUGCAGAGGACAGUGAAACAAGUGAUGUAAUAUUGUCGGGUGAAUUGUGUUAGCAUAACACUGGUCCGGAUGAGCGGACCUCCUUUCGAUUCUGCGAACCGUGAAUUUUUGCGCGCGUGAGAACCUUUGCGGCGAGUGGCGCUACGAAGUUUUUGGUGGAAAGUUUGACGGGAAGUUACAGAUUUUGUGGUGACGUUUAGUGAUAGAGCAUAAGAUUUGAAGCGCAUACAACAUAACACUGAAGAUCGAUGCUUAUCAUCCAUCCUACGCGAGUGAGUGUAACGUGACGGAUCGUUCGGUUAUGUACGGGGGGUUAACCUUCACCUCGAUGCAAGUGUAAAGAAACGCGCCGAACUCUCGACGAAGUUUCGGAUGUAACGUAUCAUCCGUUCCAGCUGGACAAACAGCAGCCAAGACUGGGGCAGAAGACUUGAAAAAAAAAACGGCAAGACAAAGGGAGAGAGAUACAAACACAAGUGCUAGCAGCGUUUUUUUUGGAGUAAAUCGGUCCCCUAAUGGCGGACAGUCGUGAAAGAAUUCGCGCCCCACCACGGGAUGGGCGCGAAGGGUUCACCAGCCCACGGCAGGUGCUCCGCCGGUUGAUGUUGUUAUCGGAGGGCAGACAGUACCGUGAAGCUGCCACCGUCGUGGGUCGUCUAGGACCAUCCGUACUGCGUUCGGUCGUUGCCGAGCUACCGAUGGACAUCCUGAUCGAGGCACUACCCCACAGUACCUAUCUGCUCGAGUCCUUCUUCAACCGGCUCAAUGCGGUUGUAGCCACGCCACGUCCGGAUGUGCCGUGUGAAGCGAUCAUGUGGCAUCUGGUGAAGUUGUUCAGCAAUCCACACGAGACGGGACUGCGGCAACGAUGCAUGAAGCUUGCCCAAGCCAUCGGCAUUUGGCAGCCAUCGUUAAGGGAUUCGCUUCUCGCACGCCGGAAACAGCUCGACCAAGCAAUCCAAGGGCUCGGUGUGCACGGACUAACAGCGGACCAGACUGGCAGUCUCAUAUCGUUGCACAUUGCGCUCAAAAAUGAGCUGCAGCGACAUAUCGACACGUACAAGACUGCCAUCCACAAGCUGGAGGAGCUGAGCCCGGUCACGGCACAUCAGGAUCCCGCCCAAUCUUCCCACCAGCGGCUGCUAGCGAUCGGCUACGGUGACAUCCAGCAGCGGCUGAUCGACAACAAGACGCUGCUGACCAUGCUCGACAAACCGGCACUCAAACAGUUAGCCCAGCUGGUGGAAAACCUUUCGCAGCGGGUACAGAACGAUAAGGAGGUGCUGUUCUGUGUUGGCCAGAUCCGGCGUACUGAUGCGACGGCCAACACCGAGGAACGACCUGCCGCCGGUUUGCUGAUGAACUACUCGCGAGGAUGCGACACGGUGCUGGGAUUGAUGGGACCGAUCGCAACACUGCCCCCGAGCAGUCCGACUAGCAACGCGUGCAGCAGCGGUGGAAGUGAUGGCUACCAUUCCGAUUCCGACAUUGAUGAAACUAAUUCGGAGCUGGUACGACAGUACAGCGUAACGUACAGUAAAAAUCGCAUCGACACACUGGACUCGCUAAAUUCGCUGCCUCAGCUCAAACACGCCCAUCAGCUAAAGGCAAAGAUACUGUUCUCAAUCAUCGUGCUUGCCUUCCGUGCCUGCCACGGUCUAAAAGAGCGCAAGGUGCUGGAAGUGCGCCGUACACUGUACGUGCUGGAUGCAAACGAUGAGUCUACGGCCGCUCUGGAUCGGGCUGUGCGGCAACAGCUGAAGGAGACAGCGGACCGGUUCCCGAUGGGUGACGUUGAACGGCAGGUUGCCAACCAGGUCCUGUCUACGCUGCACGAGUACCCCUGCCUAGAGGCUUGCAUACCGCUUAUCCACUACAUCAGCGAUUGCGUGCGAUUAGCGUGGCGCAUGGUAAAUCAAACUAACCCAUACUACCUCGAUACGGACUUUACGCUCGGCCUUCUGCAACCGGAGAAGCACGAACGAUACCCGAUAUCCGAGAAGCGUUCCGACAUCAUCCGUGCGUUCUUGUGGCCAGCAUUGAUGCAGAAUGGACACUGCGUAUAUAAAGCGGUCGUCGCCACUUAACACACACACACACGAGCGCACGCUAUUGCAGCACACCUACAAAACGCACUGUACAUAACACGAUCCUUUUCUGGGGUGU